AUGUCGAUCAGCUGGGGAGCACAAUAUCCAAAGUUGAAAACCAAUCUGAGGUUGGGAAUCAAUCGAUUGCAGCUCCUCGGAAAGAAAAAAACAGAAAUGGCGAUGAAAGCGAGAACUGAAAUUGCGGAUUAUAUAGCUGCUAACAAGCCAGAUCGUGCACGUAUUCGUGUCGAGCACAUUAUCCGCGAGGAUUACGUGGUGGAAGCAUUCGAAAUACUCGAAAUGUACUGUGAUCUUCUUCUCGCCCGUUUCGGUCUAAUCGAGCAGAUGAAAACUUUGGAUGAUGGGAUCGCUGAAGCCGUUAUCAGUAUCAUGUGGGCGGCACCUCGUUUAGCAACUGAUAUAGCUGAAUUCAAGACGAUUAGUGAUCAAUUAACAAUCAAAUACGGAAAACCAUUUGCUGAAGCUGCUCGUGCUAAUCAACUCGAAUUCCCUGCUAGAGUUAACCCAAAAAUAAUUUCUAAGCUUGGUGCGGCUGCUCCACCAAAACUUCUCGUUGAAAGAUAUAUGAUCGAGAUUGCUGCUGCUGCCGGUGUUCCAUUUGUUCCUGAUCCAGAUGUAAUGAGAGAAGAUGAAGUUCAUCAAGCCGAACAGAUAUUGAUUGACUUCAAAAAUGCAGGAGGAAACACUGGAGGACCAGGAGGACCACCACCACCUCCAAGCAAUCCGUACGGAGGAUCCGGUUCCGGAAACGAUAAUGGAAGCGGUGGCGGAGGUGGAUACGGCUGGAAUUUGGAGAAUCCACCAGCGAUUGGAGGAGGUGUAGCCCCGCAUGGAGGUGCUCACAUCGGAGGAGGAGUUCAGCCAACUUCAAAUUUCAUCCCACCUCCACCAAAUCGUCAUCCAAAUGAACCACCACAAGAUGACGAGAACAUUUAUGAUCAUAUACCCGACGUGUCUGGCGGAAACAUUUACGAGGUUCCCAGCCGUGAUCACUACGACUUCCCACCUGACACAUUCAAUACAGAGCCACCAAAAAGCAACCCAACGGUCGGUGUCAUCAAUCUUCCAAAAAUAGGUCCGAAUGGAAUGCCGAUUUAUCCUGGACAGCAACCUCCAAAUGCUCCCGGAGUGGGCGCUCAAGCUUAUCCUGCUCUUUCGCAACGAAGUUUUCUUCUGUGGAUACAGAUAUGGACCGAGUUGAAAAAGAAUAAUCUGAAGCCUCGAUAG